GUGACAGGGUCAUAUAGUCACAUCAGUCUGUUUUGCCAUCAGGCCAGUCUUGGACUGAAGUACUACUCAACAAAAAAGCUCGCGAGCAGGUCGUCUGUUAAAACUUUAAACUUACGAGCUUCAAUAAAUGGCUUUGCUAUCUUCAUUCCCAGAGGAGCUCCUUGCUCGGAUACUUGCAUAUUGUGUAACUCCUCCCCAAGUAUUUCCGGUUCGUCCACCUUGGCACACCCAACCAGUAUCCUUUCCAUGUUCCUCACUCUUAGCUCAUCCGACACCCUACACCAGUACCCGUGCCCGAUUGUCACCCUUGCUUGUUUCCCGGCAGUUCCUCCGUAUCGGGACUCCCAUAUAUUAUCAGACCCUUCACCUUCCGACCGCUGCUCAUGCCGCCCGCGUACUCGAGACGCUUAUCGCCCAGCCGGUUCUUGCUGGUGCAGUACGUCGUGUGGUGCUAGGCUGCAUAUCGCUGGAGGGCGCUCGUGUACUUCGGGCGUGUGAGAGGAUCGAAGAUGUGGAUAUUUGUAUGGAUGUUUAUGAAGCCAAUCCUCAGGGAGAUGCAGCAGAAGAUCACGAUGCCCAAGCCCUAUGCGACGCACUAGACCGAAUAGACUUGAAGCAUCUUACCAUUCGCAGAGCUUCAGAUGCAUACCUCACACUCACCCGCCCGAAAUACCUUCUUGAGCGCAUUGCAAAGGCUGUACCCGGCUGGAUUAACCUUGAGUCCGUUCACUACGCACUUAAAAUCGGUUCAACACCAGUCACCAGGCUUUUGGCUGAGGUUCUGAGCCAUGCCCCCAAACUACGCAGUCUUAAAGCACAACUACCAGCCAUUUGGAAUGACUUGUUCCUCACCAUCUCCAAAAACCCGACUCUCGAACAAAUCGCAUUGUAUGUGGAAGGCGUAGAUGGGAUUUUGCAUACGACCAUGUACAUGAUGGAGGCUAAGAAACACGCUCACUUGAGCGAACUCAUUAAGUUUGGAACGUCAUUUAUCCGAACGAGGGCACAUACCACUGUUGCCGCAUUGUCGAGUCCACCGUCAACAAGACCAUCGACUCCUCUGAGCGCCAGCAGAGUGAAGGAGGUAGCUACCGAGCUCAUGACUCCUGGGCUGAGCCAAAACGUGCUUCUCCCUGUGGCCGGAAGCUCCCAUGUAUCAUAAUCGCUUCCUACCACAUAUUUCGCAUCGGGUAUCAUCUCUCACAAGUAAUUGGUUCCCAAUAUAUUACGAAAGCGGGUGACUCCCAUCACAGCACAUAUUCCCCGCGCAUUUAUGACAAUAAUGAUCUCUGUAACGCCCUCACGCCUAUAUGGACUUCUUUUUUGAUAUGACACGUUCUCCUUUAUUUUCACCGAUACAUAUUCCUCACGGCUACGUAAAGGCAGAGUGAUUCUUGUCGCGCAAGCGUAGUUGGUUUGGUACUUCUACACUUGCACGCUCGUUCUUGUUCUUGUUCAUAACACGCUUAAAUAGCGCGGGGUCAAUGCGAUGCCCAAGACGGGCGAGAGCAGUGAUGUCUGGCAUGGGAAGUGAAUGUGUAGAAUGACGGUAAAAAUUGCAGGGCGAUUUAUCCUUCU